GCUUUGUUGUUGUUCCGUAAUGACAUCUACACUAUCAUUCAAUUUUGGUAUCCAUCAUAUUUUUCUACCACGAGCGUUUGGGGGCAUGAAUAGCUUGAGAACUGUACAGCCAUGUAAUGUACCAAAGAAAGCUGAAACAAUACCCUGGGUUGCAGCUUGGCCGCUUCUGAACCUGUUUCGCAAUACUAAUAUGGGCAUUUUAUUUUUUUUCUCAAAGGUUACGGUCAGGAUAAUUGUCAGUCCAUUAAUGGAUCCAGGAAUUUUUCUAGCAAUUCAGCAGCAAACGGGGAUCAUCUUCUAGAAUCUAACAACGAAGAGGAAGCUGUUGAAGAGCCUCCGUCUCGACCGAGGAAGAUGAUAGACUGGAAUAAAGUGAGGCAGUCAAACGAGGAGUACCAAAGGGAGAAGUUUGAAGGUCUUCCACCUAUCAUCAAGAACUUUUAUGAAGAAGCUGAACAUAUUGCCAACAUGUGUGCCGAGGAAGCCAGACAGAUCAGGAGAGAAAACAACAACAUCAUUGUGGAUGGCCCGGAAGGAGGCGCGGAAACUGUUCCCCACCCUAUCAGAACAUUUGAGGACGCGUUUGAGCCGCAUCCUUUGAUACUGGAACAGAUCUAUCAACAGAACUUUGUGAAGCCAUCUCCCAUUCAGUCUCAAGCCUGGCCGAUAUUGCUGAAGGGACAUGACCUCAUCGGGAUUGCUCAAACUGGCACUGGGAAGACCUUGGCCUUUUUGCUUCCUGCCCUCAUUCACAUCGAUAAUCAGCCUGUGCCCAGAUCAGAAAGGAGGGGUCCUUCUGCCUUAAUCUUGUCGCCUACUCGCGAGCUUGCUCAACAGAUUGAAAAGGAAAUCAACAAAAUCAAUUACAAAGGGAUCCGGAGUAUCUGUGUGUAUGGAGGUGGAGACAGGCGGGAACAACUGCGCAGAGUGAAGCAAGGCGUGGAGAUAGUUGUGGCCACACCUGGCCGACUCAACGACUUCAUGAUGAAUGGAAUCAUCAACGUGACCAAUGUCACUUAUCUGGUCAUGGAUGAAGCGGACCGAAUGCUGGAUAUGGGCUUUGAGGUUGAAAUAAAGAAAGUGAUGCUGGACAUCCGACCUGACAGGCAGACUGUCAUGACUAGUGCCACUUGGCCGCCAGAGGUGCAAAGGUUAGCUGAUCGGUACAUGAAGUCUCCAAUCAAGGCUUUCGUCGGAACUCUUGAUUUGGCCGCAGUACACAGUGUUCGCCAGUGUGUGGAAAUUAUCGAGGAAACUGAGAAGAAGAGCAUGCUUCUUGACUUCAUAUCUCAAAUGGAUCCACAAGACAAGGUCAUUGUCUUUGUCGGCAAGAAGAUUGUGGCUGAUGAUGUGUCCAGUGACCUUGCAAUGGAGAGCAUCAUGUGUCAGUGUAUCCAUGGCGACAGAGAACAAUGUGACCGGGAGACAGCUCUCAGUGAGUUCAAGGAUGGAACAGUUCGCAUUUUGAUUGCCACCGAUGUUGCAUCCAGAGGUCUUGAUGUUGUGGAUAUCACGCAUGUCAUCAACUAUGAUUUCCCGCGACACAUUGAAGAAUAUGUGCACAGAAUCGGCAGGACUGGAAGAGCUGGGCGGUCGGGAACGUCCAUCACCUUUGUGACAAGGGGUGACUGGAAGAGUGCGAAGCACCUGAUUGACAUUAUGGCUGAAGCAGAUCAAGAAAUCCCCGAUGAAUUGGUAUCCAUGGCUGAACGGUACGCUGCGUUCAAAAGGCGGAGAGACGAGGACGGUCCGUCGCGUGGUCGGGGAGGCUUCAGGGGAGGGCGUGGUGGUGGCCGCCGCAGAGACGAUGACUGCCCCACUUGGAUCUGAGCCUUUAGUGCUACGUGAUUCAGCCGUGAUACUCACCAGAGAUGUGUGUUCUUUAGCCUGUCCUCGUCGUUUUAUGCGUGAAAUUAUGCGAUUCUGUUAAUUUUAACAAAGAAUGAUAAAUGAAAAUAAUCAGAAAUUAUUUUUAAAAUGAUCAAAUUUUGUUAAAUUAUGCGGGGUGCAUAAAACCACAGGGACAGUUUAGCUGGAUCAAAAUGUAGUGAGUUUUUUCUUUUAAAAAAUAUGUUUCU